GUUACUCUUUGAGUAAUACAAUUUAACCUUAAUCAUACAAUUUACCUGUUUGAGUUUAGGCCUAUAUUAGGAAAAUUUUGGUGGUAUAAAUUUAGUAUAAUGUGUGAAAAUUCAGAAGAAGAAAUAUUGGAAAUGCUGAAUAGCAUCUUUACAAAAUGUGAUAUCGAUGGUAAUGGAUUUGUAGACAUAAACACACUUAUACAUUUCCUCACUUGUCAAGAUUCUACGUGGCAAAAAGAUAAAACCAUUGAAGAAGAAUUCCGCAAAGUUCUGUGUUGUAAUGGAUUAAACCAAAGAAUUUCCAAAGAUCAUUUCAUCACAUCAUUGCUAGGCUGUAUAAAAUUAAAAACCCAAUCAUUUGAAGAAAACCACUACAAUGAGAAUCCUAAUCAGGAAGUUUCUGCAGAACAAUCUCCAGAAAUUGUGUUUGCCAGUGUGACAAAUAAUAUCAUCAAUUCUGAAGUUUUGCUUUG